CCAGGAGGACCAACUGACUGUCAGACUCACUUCACUCCCCUCACACUCUCAGGGCAGCAGGACUCAACGACUAUGGCUUUACGGACGAAGACCGCUCUCCUUGUUGGACUUUUAUUCCUCCUUCACACGUGGGGAGUCAAGGCCCAGGUGAAGGUGGAGAUGGAGGAUCGCGUGGAAGUGACCCUGGGCACAGCCGCGGAGAUCCCCUGUCUCUACACCACAGACGACGGCUUCGGCGGCUUGAUCAUAGAGUGGUUUUAUCUGGAUCCAGCCGGCAAGCAACACAGGAUCUACUUCCAGGACCCCACGAUGCGCAUCGAGGAAACCAACAGUCAGUUCACCGGCCGCAUCAAGGUGGACGUCACGCCGUCCCAAGGGUCCGGCCAGGUCCUCCUGCGAGUCUUGGAGACCAGGCUCGGGGACGAGGUGGACUUCAUCUGCCUCGUCAAGAGCCUGACAGACGGCAACGACCAGGGCAAGACGCAGCUGAGGGUGUUCGAGAAGCCAGCCCACCCAAUCAUCAAGAGCGUGGACAAGGACAUCUGGUUCAACAACGAGGAACCAGUCAAGAUUGGAAGCUGUGAGGCGAAGAAUGGUUAUCCCAGACCAAACAUCACCUGGUAUAAAGACAACACACCACUGUCCAACGUUCCUAAUGAGGUGUCUGUCGUGUCCCAAGUGGCCACGGGAUCCAGCGGGUUGUUUUCGGUGGAGAGCGAGCUGAGCCUGAAAGUGGUGAAGGAGGACCAAGGCUCUGAGUUCUACUGUGAGGUCAACUACCAGAUCAUAGGGGGAUUCGGCAUGUUGGAGUCCGAAAAAAAAAAGAUCCGGGUCAGCUACCCCUCAGAUGAGGUCAACCUGUGGGUGAAGUCCCCCAAGAGGGACAUCAAAGAGGGUGACACGGUGGAAUUCGAGUGUCUGGGCAACGGAAAUCCUCAGCCACUCGUAACCUUCCGCAACAGAGAGAUGGUGGAGUUGAACGCUAUCAACAACGUGUUGGAGCUGAGGAACGUGAGCCGUCUUGACAGUGGGCUGUACGAGUGCGUCACUACACAUAUAGAGACCUUUGAGGAGGUGGUGGGGAACACCACGCUGUUCGUAAACUAUCUAGAGCCUGCGGAUGUGUCUCCUGAAGAAACCCUCACGCUGUCCCAGGGAGCUGAUCUGAACCAGAGCUGCAACGCCCUCUCUUCCCUCAAAACACACACCGUCUGGAUGAAGAACGGAGUGAAGGUGGCCACAGGCAACAUACUGUCACUGAGGGACGUUGUUUACGACAUGGCUGGAACCUACGAGUGCAUGGUGACGGUUCCCCAGCUGGUCGGCAUGGAAACCAGCGCCGCGUUUCAGCUGAUCGUCGAGGGUUCACCGGAGAUCAGUGAGCCGCAGAGCACCAGCCUGGAGCAGGCGGUGGAGAGCACGGUGGUCCUGACCUGCAGGGCCAGGGGGAACCCCAGGCCGACCAUCACCUGGAGGUCCGCAGGGAGUCUGGUCGACUCUCAAUCCAAUGUGACGGAGGAUGGGGUUCUGAGCUGGGUCAACGUCAAGGUCAGCUCGGACUUGAACGUGUCCUGCCACGCCUCUAAUACUAACGGCAACGUAGAGACUCUGUACUCCAUCAAAGCCAUCGUCCCAACCACCGCUUCGCCCACCACCACCCUAGCCACAGUCGUCCCAACCACCGCUUCGCCCACCACCACCCUAGCCACAGUCGUCCCACCCACCGAUCGGCCCGCCAGCACCGUAGGCACAGUCCAAUCAGACACCACAGACAAAAUCCCGAGAGCAGGGGGCAGCGGUGUGAUCAUCGCGGUUCUCAUCAUCUGCCUGCUGCUGCUGGCCAUCCUGGGCAGCGUGCUCUACUUCCUUUACAAGAAGGGAAAGAUCUGCGGCCGCUCCGGCAAGCAGGACCUCACCAAGGAGAAGACGAGCAGGGACAACAUCGUGGUGGAGAUGAAGAGCGACAACACAGAGGAGGCUGUGCUGCUGGCGGUGAACGGGGACAAGAAGUCUGGCGACCAGUAACACAUGUGUGGAACAUCUGGAGGUGCAGAAGUGAGGAAGACCACGGUGAGGGGAUUUGCUGCCCCUCCCCAAACUCCCACCUUUUCUCUCCCUCCCCUGCAUCCCAUCUUGCCCUCAGAGAUCCUAUCUUCAUCAAGUUAAUGGAGGAGAAAGAGCUUAUCUCUUUUGGAUACCAGUUAAUAUUCCCCGAACAGGUGCGACAAGAACAGAGACACUAAAGUGUGGGACUCCAAAAAAGCAUCCCGUUGGCUCGGAUACUUUUCUGAAGUGCCACUUUAGCGCUCGGGCGUAAUUCUACCAAAGACAAAACCAACCACUACCAUUU